AUGCGGUGCGAAGGGUGCUUAAAUGAUAUAAAAAGCAAAAUUUAUUUUCGAUGCAGUAAAUCCGAUUGUGACAAAAUAUACUGUACAUUAUGUGCAAAUUUACCAAGUACUACAGUGAAUGUGCAAUCUUGGACAUGCCCCGCAUGUAUCGCACAAGAAAAAAAGACUGGCAACAACAGCUCAACGCCAGUACGUACUUCCUGUCAUUCACAAAAUGUCACUAUGCGAAAUAAAUUCAACCCUAAGACUUCGACUGAGCCGUCCAACUUGGGAAUCAGUGAGUUGACAACCGAAAUUAAGCUACUAACUCAGGAAAUAUCAUCGCUUAAGUGUAAACUCGAUGAAGCAAUGACAUCUUUAACUCGCUGCCACGAGCGUUUAGAUGAACUCGGUAACUCUAUGGCCUCAACGAAUACUCGUCUAGCUUCUGUUGAACAACAACAGGCCGAGACCCAUCCACUAAAAGCCGCAGUGAGUCAAAUUCAAAAAAAUCUUAAUAUGAUGGCUCAGAAACAACUAUCAAACGAAAUGGAAAUAAUUGGCAUCCCAGAAAAUAAAAAUGAAAAUCUGACUCACACUAUCUUGGUAGCAUCACGCAAGAUUGGAGUGGACUUGGCUGAUAUAGAUAUUGACUGGGUGGCGCGUGUUGGACCACGACGUGUACCUUUGGUAAAACCAUCAGAUCACGACUCUGAAAGCAGUUUCACACGACCUGUCGUCGUUCGUCUGUUGCGUCGAUCAAAAAGAGACGAGAUUAUUAAAGCCUCUAAGGCAGAGACGCAACAUAACUAG